AGAAGAAGAAGGAGGAGGAGGAGGAGGAGAAGCCCCUGCCUAUCAGGACCAGCCUCCAUCUCUGCUGCCUGCCUGCCUGCCUGCCUUCCCUCCCUGCCUGCCUCCCACCCGCCUCCUCCUCCUGGUUCUGCUGCUCUUGCCGCCUCCGCGGGCGCCUGCCUGCCAGCCCCACCGAGCCCCCGCGCAACAGGAGGGCUCCCGCCAGCUUGGCCCCGCUCUGCCCUCGCCCCGGGGCUGGAAAGAAUCAUGACAGCUGAAAAGACUAUUCCUAUCAUUAAUGGGAAACCAGAGGAUGCUCUGGACCCCGAAGCCUCAAGUACCAACCUGGUCCACAGCAAUGAUAAGAAAGUGCAUGAAAGGGGCCACUGGAACAACAAGGUGGAGUUUGUGCUUUCCGUGGCAGGGGAGAUCAUUGGGUUGGGAAAUGUGUGGCGAUUCCCAUAUCUCUGCUACAAAAAUGGAGGAGGUGCUUUUCUCAUACCCUAUGUGAUUUUCUUUAUUUGCUGUGGCAUACCAGUGUUUUUCCUGGAAACUGCAUUGGGACAAUUCACUAGUGAAGGAGGAAUUACAUGCUGGAGAAAAGUGUGUCCAUUGUUUGAAGGUAUUGGGUAUGCUACCCAGGUUAUUGAGGCACACCUGAAUGUUUACUACAUCAUAAUUCUAGCAUGGGCUAUCUUUUAUCUGUUCAACUGCUUUACUACUGAGCUUCCUUGGGCAACCUGUGGUCAUGAAUGGAAUACUGAUCAUUGUGUGGAAUUUCAAAAAAUUAACAUGAGCAACUGUACUCAACAGAAUUUGCAGAAUGCUACUUCUCCAGUCAUGGAAUUUUGGGAACGCAGAGUGUUGGCCAUAUCAGAUGGAAUUGAACACAUUGGAAAUCUUCGUUGGGAGCUUGCACUCUGCCUCUUGGCUGCCUGGACUAUUUGCUACUUUUGCAUUUGGAAAGGAACAAAGUCAACCGGCAAGGUUGUAUAUGUAACUGCUACAUUUCCUUACAUCAUGCUCUUGAUUCUACUGAUUCGAGGAGUAACGCUUCCUGGAGCUUCUGAAGGGAUAAAAUUCUACUUGUACCCAGACUUGUCUCGACUUUCUGACCCACAGGUUUGGGUGGAUGCUGGAACACAGAUAUUUUUCUCCUAUGCCAUCUGUCUGGGAUGCUUGACAGCCCUAGGGAGCUACAACAACUAUAACAAUAACUGUUACAGAGACUGCAUUAUGCUGUGUUGUUUGAACAGCGGCACAAGCUUUGUUGCUGGUUUUGCCAUCUUUUCUGUCCUUGGCUUUAUGGCAUAUGAACAGGGGGUGCCCAUAGCAGAAGUUGCGGAAUCAGGACCUGGACUUGCUUUUAUUGCUUAUCCAAAAGCUGUAACAAUGAUGCCUCUUUCUCCAUUAUGGGCAACAUUAUUUUUCAUGAUGCUCAUAUUCCUUGGAUUAGAUAGUCAGUUUGUGUGCGUUGAAAGUCUUGUGACAGCUGUGGUGGAUAUGUAUCCGAAGGUUUUCCGAAGGGGUUACAGACGAGAAUUGUUGAUUCUUGCUCUUUCAAUUGUGUCAUUUUUCCUUGGUCUAAUAAUGUUAACUGAGGGCGGAAUGUAUGUUUUCCAGCUGUUUGACUCCUAUGCAGCCAGCGGGAUGUGCCUUCUUUUUGUUGCUAUAUUUGAAUGUGUCUGCAUCGGCUGGUUUUAUGGAAGUAACCGUUUUUAUGACAAUAUUGAAGAUAUGAUUGGAUACAGACCACUGCCAUUGAUUAAAUGGUGUUGGAAGUUGCUCACUCCUGGAAUCUGUGCUGGAAUAUUCAUUUUUUUCUUGGUGAAAUACAAACCACUGAAGUACAACAAUGUAUAUACAUACCCAGACUGGGGUUAUGGCAUUGGAUGGAUGAUGGCCCUCUCCUCCAUGGUUUGCAUUCCUCUGUGGAUCUGUAUUCAGUUGUGGAAGACAGAAGGAACCAUCUUAGAGAGAUUCAGAAAACUGAUUGUGGCCAGCCCAGACCUGAAAAUGAGAGGAAAGCUUGGAGCUGGCCUAUAUGCUGCUACAGUAAAUGACUGUGAUGCCAAACUGAAAGGUGAUGGCAACAUUUCAGCCAUCACGGAAAAAGAGACACAUUUCUGAAAGAACUUUAUUUUGAAUAUUUUUGUAUAAAUAAAGUAAAUAAAUGAAAUACUUCACUUAAUUAUAGAGGCCAGCUUGUUUUGCACAACUUUAUUAACAAGUUAAUUUUAAAGUGAACUUGUAUACUUGUUUAAAAGUGAUUUUUUAAUUAUUAUAUAAGUAACGAUUAUAUAUAUAUAUAUAAAUAUAAAUAUAAAAAUGAAAUAGAAUUGUUUGUUAGUGAUGCCUUGUAAUUUGGUGAUUUCAGUACAUGUUUUAUAGUUCCCAGAAGGACCUAUAUAAUGUGUUGUAAAACUUUUAUACUUUGGUUUGUUUGUUUUUUAAGGCAUGGUAUUGUAUAGCUGUACACUUUCUAAUUUGUAAACAUUUCAGACCAUUUCAGCUUCUACUGUAUGUAUAUAAAGGGGAUCAACUCCUUGAAUUUAGGCCUCAUCCAAUACCCAUAGGUGUUCGUCUAAAUCUUCCUCUCGACUGUUGAAUAGCAUUGCCAGAUACCACUAGAAACAAACCCUGAGAGUCUUCAGUCCAUAUAAUUUUAUGCUUAAAGUACGAAUUGUCCACGUAAAUUUUAAUGUUUGGAAAAUCUGCUGUCACAGGUUUUGAGCUAAUGCCUUUGAGAAUAAUUGUGUCUUGAUACCUGAUUUAUAAAUUGAACUAAAUCCAAAUAACUGUGUUGGAAUAGUAUGCCUUGAACAGCAGCUCCCACACUUCAGGGAAGUCACACAUCUGAGGCACUCAGAAGUUUCAAAACAGCUUCUAAGAUACCAUGGAGCUCACUGUUCCAACUUGUUGACUAGUUUUGUGAGUUUCUUCAACUGUCUCAAAUUAUCAACAAGGAUUGGGGAUAACGGCUGAUAUCCUGUGUCACCAACUUAGUUCCCAGUGCAUAACUAAGCAAUGUCUCCUGGCCUGACCACCCUAAACAUACCUUAGCAACCAGUAGUUCCAUCAAGUGAAGCUGGUGAUUAGUCAGGAGUAUGAUAUUCACAGCCUCCAGUGAGUUAAGGUGCAACAAAAACAGGACAUUGCAAUUCCCUGUAGCAGCUUCACUCACUGGUGGAAGGGACAGGAAAUGUUAUCCUUCUGUGCCCCAAUAGCCAGCUGAACAGAUCUCUUUCAUGUGAUACAACUGCUAAGGUAGAUUUGGGAGGCAUUUAUUUGCACAAUGUAAAUAAAUAGAGCAGUUAUGAAUCCAUAGCUCUAGGUUACAAAUCCAUAACUGCAAUACAGAAUGCCUUCCAGCAAAUUCUCUUGCUUCAACAAAAUGGAAAAAAAACCCUGUAUCUUCUAGUUUCUGUUACUCCUUACCUGAUCACUGCAGUUGUAGAAACAUGAUGGAAAGAAGGCACCACUGACUUGUUAUUUUGCAGAGAAUUCACAAUACAAACUAUUUUUAUAUAUAAAGAGGAUAUUAAUAUAGCAAUCACUUCAAUUAAUCUUGACUGCACAGGUGCUGUUUCAUGAGAUUUUUAAAAUAUUCACAUUUUAUUUUUCUUUACUUGAUCCAAGUGAUUGCAUAACACAUCUCAUUUUUUGGGCUUUUGUAUGAGGUUGUGCAUGUGACACUGGAAGAAAUGUAUAAUUGGAAUGCAAAUAAAUGAUGCAAUGUGACUUCAGUACUUAUUGACACUUUUCAAAUGCUACGGAAAACAGAUGUCCGUCAAAGCACUGAUGAAUGUGAUAGUGAUAACAUGUAGUGUGUAUAUAGUGUUUUAAUUAACACAUCCUUGAACAUCAUAUUGUUUAUUUUUAACAGCUAUCAUCUGAACCAGUAUUCAGAACAACAGAAAGAGAUUAGAAUCAUUUGUAGGCAUGAAAGCCUUAGAAGUGUUGCAAAAAUUCCAUCAAUCUACUAAUCAAUCAGGCAUAAUCGUUGGCAAAAUAGGGCAGAUAGGUUAAAAUUGUUUUUAAGGAUAGUUAAACCAUAUGAAGUCACCUUGAGUUCUAGUGUCCUUGAUUAUGUUAAUCUGUUUACUGGGAGAUUGGGGUUUGUUUGUUUUUGUAAUUGUUGUAUUUUAUCUUCAUUUAGGAACAGUCUAUAUGUCCCAUGUGAAAAGUGGAAAUUAAGACAAAAAGCUGCAGCUAGCAUCUAUGUUUAAAGGAAUGAGUUUAAACCUCAGGAGUAUGAGAGAGGGGUGGGUGGGGGCUUUGGUCUUAUAGAAUCUACUGUGUGUGCGUGUGCGUGCAUGUGUGCAUGUGUGUUUUAAUGUGAACUAUGAGAUCCACCAACUGGAGUCUGAUACACUAAAAUGAAAGAACUAUAUAGAGGGGAAUUGAGUAUUACAUAUGAAGGGAGCUCCUUCUACACAUACAUUAAGAAAAUGCCCCUGCUGACUCUUAAUGGUCUUCUUUUCAGCAGUAUGAUUUAUGUCAGGGAUGGAGCUCAUAUAGCCCUUGAAGUUGAUGGACUUCAAGUCCUAGCAGACCUAGCCAUCAGGGCUAGUGGUAGGGGAUGUUGUGAUAUAUAGUUGAACAACAUCUGGAGGGCCACAUGAUUCCCACUCCUAUAUACAGUGUAAACUCAUUUUGUUAUUCCUGUUGUUGAAAAAUUGGGAGUUAAUAUCCUUGCUAAUCCAUUGCAGAUAACCUAGAAAUCUGUCAGUAGAUACAGGGCUGCAUCCACCCUUCAGAAAUAAUCUAUUUUGACACCGCUUAAACUGCCAUGGGUCAAUGCUACAGAAUUCUGGGAUUUGUAGUUUUCUGAAA